AUGUUUAAUUUUACAUUGUGUGGCAUUGUGAAUAAUAAAUAUUCUAAUUUGUUUCGGUUUCUUUCACAGCUGGUGGUUGUCGUUGCCCUUUGCUUCUUGGCAUCGGUUUUGGCUGCUCCCUUGGAAGGAAGUUCGACUAGAUCUCUACCACCUUUGGACCAUGAAGAGAUUCACGAUGAGUUUGGUCAGUUUGCCUUGCGGUACGUGACCGCGGAAGGUACCGUGGUGUCGGAGCGCGGCCAUCUCAUCCCCACGCCUGAUGGUGCCAGCUACGUGAUGGUGUAUGAAGGAGAAGUAUCCUACAUCGGCGACGAUGGCAAGAGAUACGUCACGAAGUACACCGCGGGACUGGACGGGUACCACGCAGAGGGUGAUCAUUUACCAGUCGCCCCUGAGGUUCCCGAGGUUCCGAAGGUUCCAGAGGUUCCUGAAUCAGCACCCGCCAGUUGAAUAUCAUCUCAAA